CAGAAAUAUUUGCUGUGCUUUGUGUGUGUGUCUGUGUUUGGGGAGGAGAAGAAGCACGUUGUCUUUGCUUCCUGUUGAGAAAGUGCAACGGCGUUUGUGCGGUUGUGUGUGCGUGUUGUGUGUCUGCGAGGUGUGUUUGGAUCCAGGGCCAAUUUAAGUAUGAAGAGAGGAAAGAAGGCAGAGGACGCAGCUGCAGAUGGGGAAAAUGACACCAGCCCUGCUUCAGCAAAGAAAACAAAGAAGGCGAAAGAGCCAGAGGCCCCGAUACUUUACGAGGAUCCUCCUGACAAAAUGACCAGCAAAGAUGGACGUGAAGCCAACAUGAAGAUCACCUCCUGGAACGUCGACGGUCUGAGGGCAUGGGUGAAAAAGAAUGGCCUGGAUUGGGUGCGUGAGGAGUCUCCAGAUGUUUUGUGUCUGCAGGAGACAAAGUGUGCAGAAAAAUCCCUCCCUGCUGAAAUCACCUCCAUGCCUGAGUAUCCUUACAAAUACUGGGCAGCGUCCAAUGAGAAGGAGGGUUACAGUGGUGUGGCCAUGCUCUGCAAGACUGAACCCCUCAAUGUCACCUAUGGCAUUGGUAAAGAAGAGCAUGACAAGGAGGGCCGCGUGAUCACUGCAGAGUUCCCCAACUUUUACCUGGUGACUUCCUAUGUGCCAAACUCUGGCAGAGGCCUUGUGCGCCUAGAUUACCGCAAAACCUGGGACGCGGACUUCCGGGCGUACCUGAGCGAGCUUGACAUACAGAAGCCUCUGGUGCUGUGUGGUGACCUUAAUGUCGCACACCAGGAGAUCGACCUGAAGAACCCCAAGGGGAACAAGAAAAACGCAGGCUUCACCCCUGACGAGCGCGAGGGCUUCAGCCAACUACUAGAGUCCGGUUUCAUCGACAGCUUCCGCGAGCUGUACCCCGAGCAGACUAACGCCUACACCUUCUGGACCUACAUGAUGAACUCCCGCUCCAAGAACGUGGGCUGGAGGCUCGAUUACUUUGUGCUGUCGUCCAGCCUGCUGCCGGGCCUGUGCGACAGCAAGAUCCGCAACAAGGCCUUGGGAAGCGACCACUGCCCCAUCAGCCUGCACAUAGCUGUGUAGCUCAUUGUUUUACAUGGCCUUUACUGUUUUCUUACUACUGCCAUUCAGAAUUGGCUAAAACUAUCAUGUAUACUAAUGUUUGUUGAGUAAGAUGUUCUUAGGUGCUGCUCAAACUCUCUAUUUCCUGUAGGCUUGGUAGGAGCUUAGAUUUGUAGAACCUUUAAAUUCAAGUUUUCACAUGAAACGUUCAAACAAUGCCCAUUUAUGCAAUUUAAGUCUUUCAUUAAACCAAGUGAUGAACACCUUGUGUAUUUAAAUACUCCAAUGGCACAUUCCCACUGCACUACGGCUCUAAUUUGAUUUUACUCCGCUCUCUUUUUUGGGUUUUCCACCUGGGAUAGUACCAUGUACUUUUUCAGUAACACCCAAGCCAAGGUUCAAUAAGAGCUUACUGGUACUAAAGGGUAAAAGUAAAAAAACAGAACAUUAGUCAUUGAGUCAUGAUUUAGGUGCUGUUAAACUGCCAACAAUAGCAUUAGCAGAAUAAAAGGACAUGCCUCCAUGCCAGUAACCUGCAGUAUGUUUGUGUGUUGCUGUCUGAACUAGCACUGUUGCAAUGGUUGUGAUGUGUUUAAGCCCAUUAUGUUCAAAGCUCCUUUUCCAAAGCAUUGUUACAUUUUCUGUUGUUAAACAUGCUCACAAUAAAGACUGGAUUUAUGCAAAA